AUGUCCACUGGCGAUCAGAGCGCCGGUAGUGGGAUACCGGACUUAAUUCGCAUUGGUAUAAUUGGCCUUUCACCUGGUGCAUGGGCAGCUAAUGCUCAUUUACCCUAUCUGCAGAGCCCCGAUUCAAAGUUCAAAAUUGUGGCUGUUUGUAAUUCAUCUGUGGAAAGUGCUGCGAGGAGCGUCAAAGAACUCAAGCUUCCAAGUGACGUAAGAACAUAUGGAAAUGUGCAAGAUAUCGCUGAUGACAAAGACAUCGACCUUGUUGUUUGCGCUACGCGAGGAGAUCGCCAUUAUAAGUCCAUUCUUCCUUCUCUAAACGCAGGCAAGAAUGUCUUUGAAGCAAAGGAGCUUCUCGGUGUCGCAGAAGAAAGCAAUGUCAAGCUCGCUGCAGUUGGCCUUCAGGGCCGGUUUGACGCCACUGUCGAAACUUUGAAAGGUGUCUUGGCAGAAGGAAGGCUUGGCAAAGUACUAAGCACUGCAAUUACUAGUCAAGGAUUGAUUGCAGGACAGACGGAGCUUGAAAGUCAAACUUACCUAGUUGACCCUUUACAUUUGCUCGACACCGUUCAGGAAGCCCUUGGCGAAUUCUCAAGCUUUCAAUCUCUCCUUUCAAACCGACGACCAGUGGCUAAAACUGUCAAAUCCGAUGGCUCUGUGGCCAAAGAGAACGCCAAGAAGACAACUCCGGAUCAUGUAAUGAUUCAGGGUUCGCUUAAGUCAGGUGCCGUCCUUUCAGCUAUGAUUAGAGGUGGAGCACCAUUCAAAGGAUCCCCUGGACUUGAGUGGAGCAUCUAUGGCGAGGAAGGAGAGAUUAAAAUCACAGGCCCCAGUGCCUUCAUCGAGAUUGUCGGUACAAACAGCAUUCAGCUUCACGACUUUGCCAGUGACGAAGUUGUGGAAAUUGCGCUUAAGAACGGGGCCCGAUGCUGGACUAGCGGCUUGCUAACAAAUCGUGUGGCAGUGACCACAAGACAGCAACGCUUCGUCCCAUGA